GCACGUCUGCCGCGAGACGAAACUGUUUGGCUUCGCCGUGUGACAGCAAUUAGCUUUUAAAUUCUCUUUUUUUUCUCUUCUAAACUCGCAUUUUUGCCCCGCCAGCCGCGAGAGGAGCGGCCGCUGACGGGUCGGAGGACGCGGGGGGUGAUGGUUGUCGCGUACGUCGACGGCGGAGGCGCUCAGAAAAGUUAAGACCAGAAGACCUUGGAGAGAUUGUGUUCCCGUCCCCCCCCCCCUCAUUCCAAAAUGACACAGUUUGUCUUCAUUUUCUCGCACUCGUUUUCAUGAUGUAUAGUUGAAGCACAUCGUCGAGACAGAAGUGCAGGUUGUGUCAUUGUGAUUACAGCCCAGGUUGCAGAGGAAGCCUUGCGGUAUUACAGCAGCAUCUCACCUGGUUAACCAUGAAAAGGUGACGUCGUCCGACUCCGUGCUCACAUUUCGCUCUUCUUUCUGUCUAAAUAUCCGAGCGGGAGUGAUUGAGGCAACCUCAACGCCUGUUGCUUCUGCUGUGCAUGUGUGAGACACUCGCGAGUCACUGCCUGAAGCUGUAAUCGGACAACUCUCUUUCUCACUAGGACUGAGUCUCCUGAGAUAGCGCACGGGGCUCCAUGGGUUCCAACACCUAAAAUGAAAAAGAAGACGGUAGUCUUGUAGUUUACGUUCGCUGUGCUACAGAUUCUACCGCCACUUGAAGAACUGUUUCAGAAAGUUUGCUCUCCGUUCUGCUGGACUGAUCAGCCUGUCUGUAGAAGAUUUUAAAAAAAGAAGAUAUAAGCAGGGAUAAACACACAAGGAUUCAACUAUUAUUCUAGUCUAUGGAAAUGCAGGAUCUAGCCAGUCCUCACAGCCGAGUAAGUGGAAGCAGUGAAUCUCCUAAUGGUCCCAAUCUUGACAACUCGCACAUCAAUAACAAUUCCAUGACACCCAAUGGCACUGAAGGUGAUAACAUCACAAUGCUUACCACUGCAGACUGGUUGUUAGGUUCUAACUCACAGUCCGCUGCAGUUAAAACCGAGCCAAUGAGCAGUAGUGAAAUCGUCACCUCGGUAGCAGACACUUCUCUAGACAGCUUCUCAGGAUCAGCUAUUGGAAGCAGUGGCUUCAGCCCAAGACAAACUCACCAGUUCUCUCCACAGAUUUACCCUUCCAACAGAACAUAUCCACACAUUCUUCCGACUCCAUCGUCCCAAAAUAUGGCUGCGUACGGGCAGACGCAGUAUACCACAGGAAUGCAGCAGGCCGCAGCUUAUGCUAGCUACCCCCAGCCCGGGCAGCCCUAUGGCAUCCCAGCCUAUGGUCCAUUGUGGGCAGGCAUAAAGACGGAAGGAGGUCUGAGCCAGUCCCAGUCCCCGGGACAGACGGGCUUCCUGAGCUACAGCUCAGGCUUCACCACACCACAGACGGGACAGGCCCCCUACAGCUACCAAAUGCAGGGUGGAACUUUUACAACAACGUCAGGGUUGUAUGCAGGAAACAACUCCUUGACAAACUCGACUGGCUUCAACAGCACACAACAGGACUACCCCUCCUAUCCAGCCUUCGGCCAGGGCCAGUAUGCUCAGUAUUACAACAGCUCACCCUACACCUCACCCUACAUGACAAGUAACAACACCAGCCCCAGCACGCCCUCCACAACCACCACCUACACACUCCAGGAGCCUCCAACUGGCAUCACCAGUCAGGCCCUCACAGACAACUCUGCAGGAGAGUACAGUACCAUCCACAGUCCAUCAACGCCCAUUAAAGAUUCAGAUUCGGAUCGAUUGCGCCGAGCCUCAGAUGGAAAGUCACGUGGCCGGGGCAGAAGGAACAACAACCCAUCACCGCCGCCCGACUCCGACCUUGAGCGGGUUUUCAUCUGGGACUUGGAUGAAACAAUCAUCGUUUUCCAUUCCUUGCUUACGGGUUCUUAUGCCAACAGAUAUGGACGGGAUCCGCCGACAUCUGUAUCGCUGGGCCUGAGAAUGGAGGAGAUGAUCUUCAAUCUGGCUGACACACACUUAUUCUUUAACGACUUAGAGGAGUGUGACCAGGUCCAUAUUGACGAUGUGUCCUCAGACGACAACGGCCAGGAUCUAAGCACGUACAACUUCAGCGCCGACGGCUUCCACGCGGCAGCCACCAGUGCCAACCUGUGCCUGGCCACAGGCGUGCGGGGAGGCGUGGACUGGAUGAGAAAGCUGGCCUUCCGCUACAGACGAGUAAAAGAAAUCUACACCACCUACAAAAACAAUGUCGGAGGUCUGCUGGGCCCGGCGAAACGAGAAGCCUGGUUGCAAUUGCGAGCAGAAAUUGAAGCCUUGACGGACUCCUGGUUAACACUGGCACUGAAAGCACUAACAUUAAUCCACUCAAGGUCUAACUGUGUGAACAUCCUGGUGACCACCACACAGCUCAUCCCCGCGCUGGCCAAGGUGUUGCUCUAUGGCUUGGGAAUAGUCUUUCCUAUUGAGAAUAUUUAUAGCGCAACCAAAAUAGGGAAGGAAAGCUGCUUUGAGAGGGUAAUCCAGAGGUUUGGGAGGAAAGUUGUUUACAUAGUUGUUGGAGAUGGCGUGGAAGAGGAGCAAGGCUCAAAAAAGCACAACAUGCCCUUCUGGAGGAUUUCCAGCCAUUCAGACCUCAUGGCCCUCCACCACGCUUUAGACCUGGAGUACUUGUAGCACCACACCACAAUCGAACACCCUGCUACGCCUCCGCAAACCCUGCAACCCUUCACCUCCGCCCUCCGGCCCCAUCCCACGCUUGCCGCAGGAAAAAAAAAGCCCCCCUGUGCCGCCCGCUGUCUGUCUUCCACAACACAGGACGAAAAAAACCAGGAGAGUGGGGAAAAAAAGAGUCUGAGCACACGGUUAAUGUGCUGACAUACGGUCACGCUUCGUCUUAACCUUUAAUAUAUAUAUAUUUUUUUGUUCUGGACGCGAAGGAGAGAGGUGAAUUUAUGGCGCUGCAGCUGCUUGCCCUGGUUACUGUGAAUUGGCCGCUUUCUGAAGCUGUCAAAGUGUUUUACGGCCCCCUGUUUGUGCCGCGACUCUGUCAGGGUUCACACCUGUGAGGAGAGCAGAGCUACUGAUGGCCGCCCGCGCCUGCCUCACUUCAACUCACCACAGAGCCCCGCUGCAGCAGACCGCAGGCCCGCGACUACUGCCGCUGAUGUUCCUCUGUUCCUCUCCUCUCCCCCUUCUCGUCUCAUCCUGUGUGGUUCAGCUUCCUUUUUUUUUUUUUUUCUGUGAGGACUUUUCGAGUCUCCCGUCUGUCACAGACAGAGACAAAGCGACUGCUCCUGUGGUGAUGGUCAGUCUGGGAGUCCUGUACUUAUUUAUAAACGGAGACUUUGCGAGCGGCACCGCGCCGCUUAGAAGGUACCUCGACGACAAAAGACUCGUGCCUUUUACAAUGUGCUAUUGAUUUCCACCACAGCGAGAAGAAGACAUUUAUGGAAGAAAGAACGUGGGGGGUUUUCUAAUAAUUUAAGAAAAUUACAAAAAACUUUAUUUACAAGCUAAGACAAUCGUGUACAGAGGAAAUCUUUUGUGUGUUUUCAGUUUGUAAUCACUGGACUAUUCCUUCCUAUAUUCAUUUAGGUACGUGCUCUUGAAAGGUGGCAAUGCUUUUUCAUUGACGUUAAGAAGCAGGCAUUGUGUCGCACGGAAGCGUGUGCGAAGUGUUGAUGUGAUUAGGUUUUGUUCAGUAAAAUAUGUAGAUAUUGGGAUUUUGUGAUAAAUCAUUUUGUCAUGACCAAAAGCAUGAAUGUCAAGUGUCAAUGACCUUUCAUUUGAUUCUGUGAUGUUUCUUGACCUUACAUGAAACUUCAGUCACACCUUUACACAGCGUAACAGGUCUCCUCCACUGCAAGUCCUUUUCAGACUCAUACUUCAACCUGAAAUAGUUUUUUGUUUUUGUUUUUUAGAAAGGUAGCUGACACCUUGUGUCCUUACUGCAUUUCACCAGCUUGCAGCCCUGACCCCAUAUAUUUGGAAACAAACCUAAUUCUUCUAAGGGUUUUGGAUAUGGCAUCUGGAAAUGUCCUGCCUUACAAGAGCCAUAUUAACAACAAAUCUGAAUCCAUUUGAGUUUAAAUAAAAGCAGGCUUGAAUAACUUUGUUAACUUUUAUACAGGCGCUAUAACAACUCUUGUACAGCGAGCGUAAUUUUGUAUGAUCUUGUGUCUUUCUUUAAAAACUACAUUCUGUGACCCCCCCUUGAAGUAGCUGAAAACACACGAAGACCUUUUCGCAGAGCUUCUGCGUCUGUGGAUGGGGAGACCACAAUUAACAUUGAGAAAAAGCCACUAACUUUGAGGGGUGUGUGGACGUACAGGACAUGUGCUAUCGACUGUGAAUUUCUUAAACAGAAACCACGACUCGUUGCGUUUCUAAUUUUCCCUCUUUUGCACAUGAACACUGUUGGCCUUUACAUUUCAAUUGGGAUCCCUCUUUCCCUCCCCCUCUACUCAAAACAACUUCUCCCCCUACACUCUGGGGUAUCUACAUAUUGCUGCUAGAUCAAGGUAAUGGUAGGUAAAUAGAGGAAAUGUUUUAUAGAUUCAUACAGCACGCUUUUUUUAUUAUGUUGCAAUCAUAAAUGCAAACUGGAAAUACUUUACACUACAUGGGUCUCAUUGUGAAAUGCAAAAGAUUGUUGUGUCUGCAAAAUAUGUGUACAGAUGUUUUUGACAUUAUUAUUUGAUUGUGUUUAAAUUAAUAAAACUGAUUUGUGAACUGG